ACUCGCCCCUCUAUUUCUUCUUCCUCCUCCUCUCUUAUACUAGCGAAUCUUCUUCAGUAGUGCUUCUGAUGCUUCUGAUUAUCAUUGGGUCAAAUAAUCAAAGCAGAAUUUCUCGAUUCAUUCUUCAAUGAAGUCAUGGCGACUUAUCCCGAUUUGCAGUUAAUUUACCUAUGUUUUACUUUGAACCACCAAACCAAGUAGGGUAUUUUUUGUUUAUUAUCUUUCAACAGCUUAGAUCCCAUUAACUUGCAACUUGCAUUCGUCAACGGGACAGCGGUCGUGUUGUUUACACUUGUAGCGGCCGUGUCUUUAUCUGAGCCAUAAUUUUGGGUCAUCAUUGAGCUUGUUGGGGGAAACUGUUGAGAGUUAAUGGCGGAACAGAUCGGUCCAAGGUUGUACAGCUGUUGUAAUUGUAGAAACCAAGUUUCACUCCACGACGAUAUAAUUUCCAAGGCUUUUCAGGGAAGAAAUGGCAGAGCUUUUCUGUUCUCCCAUGCAAUGAAUAUUGUCGUAGGGCCAAAAGAAGACAGGCAUCUCCUGACUGGACUGCACACAGUUGCUGAUGUUUAUUGUGGUGAUUGCCGUGAAGUGUUGGGUUGGAAGUAUGAAAGAGCUUAUGAAGCAUCGCAGAAGUACAAGGAAGGGAAGUUCAUCCUUGAGAAGUCAAAAAUCGUGAGGGAGAACUGGUAGUAUAUAUAGCAUUCCCUGAUGCUCCUUAAUCCAUUCAUUCCAGCCUUGGAAGUAGAUUAUUUCAUGCUUCAUGAUGUCCGUCUUGUACAGGAAUUUCUCACCCAUUCUAAAUCUGCCAUUGUUUAUCCAAUUUCUUUUAUUUUCUGGUGUUGUGACUAAAAGUUGUAAGAUAUGAUGAAUUUGUUCCCUGUUAAUAAAAUUGUGUAUUUGCUAGCUUUA